AUGCAAUUCCCCGCACUUAUUCUGCUCCUUCUCGCCCUCACUACCAGUUCUUCACUUGCCCAACAAAGAACCGCCGCUAGCUAUGACAUGAAAUAUGACAACCCCAAUCUCCCCACCGAUGUAACAGCUUGCAGCGACGGUGUAAACGGCUUGAGUAGGGACUACCCUACUUUGGGAUCGUUUCCAAGCUUCCCAUUCAUUUGUGGUAGCCCCACGAUUGGGGGCUGGAAUUCAUCAAACUGCGGAAAGUGUUAUAGACUCAGCUACAAGGGUAGGACGAUUAUUGUCAAGGCAGUCGAUAUGGCAGUUGGGAGGUUCGUCUGUAGCAAAGGGGCGCUGGAUGAGUUGACGGGUGGGAUGGCGAUUGCACUAGGGAUUGUGCCAGUCGAAUAUUCACCAAUACCAACUGCAUGUUAG